AUGUCUACCCCAGAUGAAGCAGCAUUGCCAUAUCAUGAACCAGGUAUCGUCACUAUCCUCAUUCUGGGCUCAUUUCUAUUGUUGCUUAACGCUGCCAACCAUAUCAUCGAUAAGAUACUUUACUGCGGCCUCCUCGCGCAGCUGUUCCUCGGUAUUGGGUGGGGAACCCCUGGGGCAAACUGGCUUGGCCGAGAAUUUGAGCAUGUCGCCGUCAACCUGGGAUAUCUUGGGCUUCUUCUCAUUGUAUAUGAAGGAGGAUUGAUGACCUCUUUUAAGGCUCUAAAAGACAACUUUCUUUUAUCGCUUGGUGUUGCAGUCACUGGUAUUGCUCUUCCAAUCUCGGCUUCCUACAUCCUGCUUCCCCUAGUGGAGGCAACUCCGUUACAGGCAUUCGCUGCAGGUGCUGCACUGUGCUCUACGAGUUUAGGAACAACGUUUACUGUCAUGAAGGCCAGUGGCCUGUCUACCACCAAAUUGGGCGUCGUGCUUACAAGUGCGGCAAUGAUGGAUGAUGUUGUUGGACUUGUGAUGGUCCAGGUGAUCUCCAACCUAGGAGGCGUAUCUUCCUCCUUCAGCGCCGUUACCAUUAUCCGACCUAUUUGCGUCUCAAUAGGUUUUGCGUGCGCCGUCCCGCUGGUGGCUCGCUUCAUUGUCCAACCGUUUACGGCUUGGUUGAACGGCAAACGGAAAACUAGCCCCACUGGCUACAUUAACUACAUCCUAACUCGGGAUACAACUGCUCUGAUUAUUCACACGGCGAUUCUGGUUGGUCUGAUAACCGCAACAACAUACGCUGGUACCUCAAACUUAUUCGCAGCCUACCUAGCUGGUGCAUCAAUAAGCUGGUGGGACACCACCCUCUCACACCCAAAUUUUCAUCGAUCCGGCAGAACCCCUUCGACUGAUCACACCAGCCCCUCCCAGUCUGUUUUGAACGUUGGCACUUCUGGAACCGAGAUUUUCGAGCGCUUCUUCUACCAACCACUUCAACGGAUUCUAAAACCACUAUUCUUUGCAUCCAUUGGCUUCUCCGUACCUAUCACCCGCAUGUUCACCGGUGGUGUCAUCUGGCGUGGGGUCAUCUAUACAAUACUCAUGUUCAUUACCAAAUUUGCAUGUGGGUUUUGGCUCAUGCGCCUGCCUGGCCUGGCAUCUGGUGUCAUAGGGUUGAACCGAAGUGCGAACACAGAGAAGAAGCCUACAGAUGUGAACAAGAGAGGAGCCAUCGCCACAACAGCCGGUUCGGGUGUUACCUCAGACCGUCAGAAAGCAUCUUCAGGGGAUUUGCCAGCGCCAAACCCGCCUGCUAUGCCAGAGAAGAAGCAAUCGGCGUCACGAAAGAGCAAUGAAGGUCGCGUUCGCGCCAAACCUACUCUAACAUCCACCUCGAAACCCAUUUCACUGUAUCCUGGCUGCAUCCUAGGAAGCGCCAUGGUAGCCCGCGGUGAAAUCGGGUUUCUUAUUUCUGCGCUUGCAGAAAGCAAUGGUAUUUUCGGUGAUGAAUCCAAUAGCUCUAUAUUCUUGAUUGUUACGUGGGCAAUUAUGCUGUGUACUAUUCUAGGACCGCUAAUUGUUGGAACGUUAGUGGCAAGAGUUAAAAAGAUGGAGGGUAGAGCAACAGAAGGGCAGGGGCGAGGAGGUGUUCUAGGAGAAUGGGGAGUUAGCUGA